UCCGGGAUCUUUCUGUCAGCUCUCGUGACGGUAAAUGCAGACAUUUUUUUUUCCGACUUGGAAAGUAGCAGAAAAAAAAGUCAAGUAAUGUUAAGCUAGCUAGGUUGUGUAAAAGCAGAAAAACGUCGGUAGCGAGGACUAGCUGUUUAAUUCCGUGGGAGGAGAGUCACUGAUUUAUCAUCAUGCCUUUGGUGAUGCGGAAUAUCGAGCCAAGGCACUUGUGCCGUCAGACCCUGCCCACAACGGUGAAGAGUGAGCUGGAGUGUGUUACCAACAUCACACUGGCUAACAUCAUCCGCCAACUUGGUUCCCUCAGCAGGUUUGCGGAGGAUGUGUUUGGCGAGUUGUUUGUCCAGGCCAGCUUGUUUGCAGACAGGGUGAACACCCUUGGUGAAAGAGUGGACAAACUUCAGGUCAAAGUCACCCAGCUGGACCCCAAAGAGGAAGAGGUUUCACUGCAGGCAAUCACCACUCGCAAAGCUUUUCGCUCUAAUCUGAUUCAGGAUCAGCAGCUCUUUACUCGGCCCUCGAUGCCACAGCCGCUCCAGGACACCUACCAAACCUGCAACCAGCCACCUCCACUAAACAUCCUCAGCAGCUACAGGGAUGAUGGAAAGGAGGCACUUAAGUUCUACACUGACCCAUCCUAUUUCUUUGACCUAUGGAAAGAGCAGAUGUUACAAGACACCAAAGAUAUAAUGAAAGAAAGACGGAAACAUAGGAAAGAGAAGCGAGAAAAUCCCAACCGGAGCAACCUGAACCCUCGCAAAAUCAAAACCCGUAAAGAGGAAUGGGAACGCCAAAAGAUGGGAGCAGAGUUUGUUGUUCCUAAAUCUGACCUUGGUCAUUCUAGAGAUGUGAUGAAUGGCAGCAUUGGCUCAGGUGAUGACAUGGGUACAAUGGACUCAGAGGGAUUUGACCAAAGCACAGCCUCCUACAGUUAUGAUCCUGGCUCUCCUCUCCCCCCUCCAGUGAUGGAUGAUGAAGGUUUCUUGCCACCUCCUCCUCCAGAUAUUACGUAUAAUGAUGUACAAGGUGGAACCUCACCACAGAGACCAAUUAGCAUUUUAAGCCCUACCCACCCCCCUCCAGCCCCUCCAACAAUGGCAACCUCUCCUCCUGGUCGCCCUUCGGUGGCGCCACCUGUUGCCCCACCUCCUCCCCCACCUAUGGGGAUGUCUCCACCCCCACCUCCCUUAGGUUUUGAUGCUCCUCCCUCCCCCCCUCCUCCUGCAUUUUAUUCUCAGUCUGUUCCUCCACCACCACCAAUGGCUGCCAAUAUUCCCUCUCCACCCCCUCCUCCUGCUGGGGAUGGGCCCCCACCGCCACCACCACCCCCUCCACCUCCAGGCCCACCACCAUGCUUUGCCCCAUCAGCUCCUGCCCCUCCUACUUCAGGUGGGUUUGCCCCAGCAGCCCAUGCCCCCAAGCCUCAGCCUGAACCGGUCAGCGAUGGUCGCAGCGAUCUCCUGGCAGCCAUUCGCCAAGGCUUUAACCUGCGUAAGGUGGAAGAGCAGAGAGAGCAGGAGAAGCGAGAUGUCGUGGGCAAUGAUGUGGCCGCUAUCUUGUCUCGCCGUAUUGCUGUGGAGUGCAGUGAUUCUGAGGAUGAUUCAUCAGAGUUCGAUGAUGAAGAGUGGUCUGAAUAAGACUAUGCAUGUCAUGAGAAGUGUCAUUCCUUUUAGACCAAAUGUAUUUGUUUCCCUUUAAUGAGGCUAACUACAGUAAAUGCGAAAGAGUGCCUGUGUGUAGUUGUGUGCACACUCACACUUGUGCAAGGUCUCCUCUGACUCAGUGAAUUAUUUAGAUGAUCAGCCUGCUCCUAUUUCAGAGUGCCCAUUCCUCUGUAAUGUAGCUAUAAAUGAGUAAAUUGAGCUAGAGAGAGACUGAGUUUUUUGCAUCCCAGUAUAUCUAUAAAAGAUCAUUAUUAUUUACCUAAAGCUUUGCUGUGUUCCUAAACCAAAUACAAUACACAAAACGAGUCAGUAAAUUAGAUAACUACUGAUGUCUUUUUAAUAUCAUUUUAGAUCAUAUGGGUACAUUAUCUUUCCCAGGGUGAAACAGCACAAGGAACAUGUAAAACUAAAGAACUAAAACUGAAAGUAUAAAAAAAUAUAUAUAUAUAAUUUACUUUCUUUACUAUGCUGUUGCCUUGGUAACUUAUCUUUGUCUAUUUAAGUGCUUUCUUUGUAUCUGUCCUUGGUGCCAUUUGUGGCAUAGUGUGUGUAUGUCAGUUUCUUUGUCCUUUUGUUGGUGGUUUUUUUUUUUUUUCCUUGGCUUGGGCUCUAAAUUCUAUUUGGAUGUAUUGUUUUGAUCUUUUUUUUAUCCAUGUAUGCCAAAGUCACAUAAGCCGAGAGGCUGGAAAGUGUUCAGAUUCACAUACAGUGAAAAGUGUAUUCAUUUGUUCAAAGUGCCUGCUUUACGUAAGAUUAACAAAUGAAGCGUCUCAAAAUCAAAAAUAUUUAGAUGCUUUUGCAGGUGUUGUUAUACCAUGGCCACCCUACCUGCCUUUAAAUAUAUAACUCAGUGGAAAGCCAACAUUACAUUCCUCCCCAUAGGUUGCCAAUGUAAUUUAAGCUGUCUUUGAGGGCAUUAUAUUGUCUGUUCAUCGAUUGUAACUCAAUCCUUUUUCUGCACUGUAGACUAUAAAUUACUUAAUAUGCAAAUCAGUGUAUUUUUUUUUCUUAUAUGCUGAAAGUGUUACAUUCCCACAUGUAGCCAUGGAAACAAAAAUCAGGAGUAAUUAUGUAGAACUGUAAAUUUUAGACCAGACCAGCUGCAAGCCAAUCAAAGACUAGUAUUUUGGCCAUGGUAUGAUUUAGUUUAAGUGCCUAUUCUUUUUUUUUUUUCUUUCCAAAAUUAUGCAAUAUUUUGAAAUCAAUUUUUUAUUGCGUAUUGUGCAUAUGGUUUAUAAUUGUAAAGCUUUUCUAUUGGUGGUUUAAUUAAAUAAAGACCUCAAAUUAUAAAA